GCGAUUUGCUGCACCUUGGUGAACUGUACCUGUGAUAGUUUCAAACCUGGGAAACUGAAGAAAAGACUGUGUGAGCACUGCAAGCAUGGAUGGGUAGCGCACGGUAAGCACAGAUUAAACUGUUACUUUACUUAGUGUAGAUUUCUAACAUGGUAUGGGAGUGGGGGGUACGUGUGUCUUCAUUCAUGUUUGUGUGUUUGUGUGUGGGGUGGGGGGGGGGGGGGGGGGCCUGUGAGCCUGCAUGAGUGUGUUUUCUAUAUUCAUGUUCGCCUGUGUUUUCUCUACUCACUCCUGUGCGUCCUCCACCCCCUCUACCCCCUCUACCCCUCCACACCCACCCCAACCAAAGACACCCCCCCACCCACCCGACCCCACAGAACAAAAACACCGAGAAACAGGCGACCCCGCACACACACCAAGACAAAACACGAACACGCCGCACCCGGCUACACCGGAGACGCAGAACCCACCCCAACAAGAAAAACAACACCCAAGCACACCCCCUCCACCCCCUCUACCCCCUCUACCCCUCCACCCCUCCACCCCUCAACCCCCUCUACCCCCUCUACCCCUCCACUCCUCCGUCCUCCUGCAGCUCUGAGCAAGCUGAAGCUGCACCACAUGUACCAGGGCAGCCAGGUGGAGAUCGUCCACUCCAACGUGGUCUUUGACAUCUGCAGCCUGAUGCUCUACGGGACCCAGGCCAUCCCGGUCAGACUAAAGAUCCUGCUGGACAGGCUGUUCAGUGUCCUGAAACAGGAGGAGGUCAUCCAGAUCCUCAACGCGCUGGACUGGACCCUACAGGACUACAUCCGAGGAUACGUCCUACAGGUAGGGCGGGGUGGAGGGAGGAGUUCUUACUUUAGGACGAGGAGAGAGAGGAGCACAGGAGAGAAACAAAGGCCAGCUUCUCUAUAGGAACUCUCCUCUUCUCCACAUCCUCCUCUCUGGAGGUCUCCAGACUGAUGGAGGGGAGAUUUAUAAAUAUUAUUUAGUUCCACAAUUUCCCUCGCAACCUUGAGCCAGGCAGAACCAAUCGGCACACAGUCAGUGUCAGCCGCUGCUCACUUCGAUUAGUCCGUCAUCAACUAUUCAGCUUUCUCUCUGCAUUUAAUGUUAGCUCCUCUAAUGGUGAACACAGAGUCAGAAUCCUCGUAAGGCAGAGCCAAACGAAUGCUGUGUGAUGAAAUAUUGAUCAUGGUUACUGUACUGAGAGGCCGCUGUCUGACUUUCACAGACACCACAACUCCUAUGUAAUUAGUACUGUGCCGGGUGGAGCAACCUCGUUCUCCUUCCUCUCUGAUCUCACUCCACCCUGACGUGUGUGUGCGUGUGUGCAUCCGUGUGUGUGUUCGUUCAUCCGUAUGUGUGUGUGUGUGCACUCUGACGCUGAUGGAGAGAGGGAAAAUCCACAUGAUUUAAAUGAAGAGAAAUGACAGGCCAGAUGAAAGGUAGCGCUGUAAUGAGGGCUCCCUCCUCUUCUGUAUUGCCUCUCUGCAUUAACUUUACAACUGAACCCUUUAUUAAGACGCUCUGGGGUGAAGUUCCCCCUAAGUACAGAUCUAGUAUCAACUUCCACUCCCCCAAUCCUCACCUUAGCCAUUAGUGGGGAAAAUGCACAUUUGACCCAAGAUCAGCGUCUAAGGGCAACUUCACCCUACACCUACAGUACCAGUCAAAAGUUUGGACACACCUACUCAUUCCAGGGUUUUUCUUUAUUUUUACUAUUUUCUACAUUGUAGAAUAAUAGUGAAGACAUCAAAACUAUGAAAUAACACAUAUAUCAUGUAGGAAUCAUGUAGUAACCAAAAAGGUGUUAAACAAAUCAAAAUAUAUGUUAUAUUUGAGAUUCUUCAAAUAGCCACCCUUUGCAUUGAUGACAGCUUUGCACACUCUUGGCAUUCUCUCAACCAGCUUCACCUGGAAUGUUUUUCCAACAGUCUUGAAGGAGUUCCCACAUAUGCUGAGCACUUGUUGGCUGCUUUUCCUUCACUCUGCCGUCCGACUCAUCCCAAACCAUCUCAAUUGUGUUGAGGUCGGGGGAUUGUGGAGGCCAGGUCAUCUGAUGCAGCACUCCAUCACUCUCCUUCUUGGUAAAAUAGCCCUUACACAGCAUGGAGGUGUGUUGGGUCAUUGUCCUGUUGAAAAACAAAUGAUAGUCCCACUAAGCCCAAACCAGAUGGGAUGGCGUAUCGCUGCAGAAUGCUGUGGUAGCCAUGCUGGUUAAGUGUGCCUUGAAUUCUAAAUAAAUCGCAGACAGUGUCACCAGCAAAGCACCCCCACACCAUAACACCUCCUCCUCCAUGCUUUACGAUGGGAACUACACAUGCGGAGAUCAUCCGUUCACCCACACCGCGUCUCACAAAGACUCGGCGGUCGGAACCAAAAAUCUCAAAUUUGGACUUCCACCGGUCUAAUGUCCAUUGCUCGUGUUUCUUGGCCCAAGCAGGUCUCUGCUUCUUGUUGGUGUCCUUUAAUAGUGGUUUCUUUGCAGCAAUUCGACCAUGAAGGCCUGAUUCACACAGUCCCCUCUGAACAGUUGUUGUUGAGGUGUGUGAAGCAUUUAUUUGGGCUGCAAUUUCUGAGGCUGGUAACUCUAAUGAACGUAUCCUCUGCAGCAGAGGUAACUCUGGGUCUUCCAUUCCUAUGGCGGUCCUCAUGAGAGCCAGUUUCAUCAUAGCGCUUGAUGGUUUUUGCGACUGCACUUGAAGAAACUUUUAAAGUUCUUCAAAUUUUUCGGAUUGACUGUCCUUCUAAUCUUAAAGUAAUUAUGGACUUUUCUCUUUGCUUAUUUGAGCUGUUCUUGCCAUAAUAAGGACUUGGUCUUUUACCAAAUAGGGCUAUCUUCUGUAUACCCCCCCUACCUUGUCACAACACAACUGAUUGGCUCAAACGCAUUAAGAAGGAAAGAAAUUCCACAAAUUAACUUUUAAGAAGGCACACCUGUUAAUUGAAAUGCAUUCCAGGUAACUACCUCAUAAAGCUGGUUGAGAGAAUGCCAAGAGUGCAAAGCUGUCCUCUGUAGCUCAAUUGGUAGAGCAUGGCGCUUGUAAUGCCAGGGUAGUGGGUUCGAUCCCCGGGACCACCCAUACGUAAAAAUGUAUGCACGCAUGACUGUAAGUCGCUUUGGAUAAAAGUGUCUGCUAAAUGGCAUAUUAAUUAUUUUUUUUAAAGGCGAAGGGUGGCUAUUUGAAGAAUCUCAAAUAUAAAAUGUGUUUAACACUUUUGGGGUUACUACAUGAUUCCAUAUGUGUUAUUUCAUAGUUUUGAUUUCUUCACUAUUGUUCUACAAUGUAAAAAAUAGUAAAAAGAAAGACAAACCCUUGAAUGAGUAGGUGUGUCCAAACUUUUGACUGGUAGUGUAUUUAGACACAGUCAGUCUGUCUUUUAGAGGACUUCAUAUCUUCCUUGGUAUGUGAAUAUACAGGAGUAGAGCCUAAUACAGAUGUAUAAUUCUAACGAUGAAAUGCUCUCUCUCUCUCUUUCUCUCUGUAUAUCAAUCGCUUUCUCUCUCUCUCUCUCACUCUCUCUUUCCCACCCACCCCCUCUCCUUUCCUCUCUUCCCCCCCCUCCCCGCUCUCCACCCACCCCCUCUCCUUUCCUCCCUCCCCCUCUCCCUGUCCCGCCACUCUCACCCCCCCACACACUCUCCUUUCCUCCCUCACCCCCUCUCCCUGUCCCGCCACUCUCACCCCCCCACACACCCUCUCCUUUCCUCCCUCCCCCCUCUCCCUGUCCCGCCACUCUCACCCCCCCCCACACCCUCUCCUUCCUCCCUCCCCCCUCUCCCUGUCCCGCCACAUCUCACCCCCCCACACUCUCUCCUUUCCUCCCUCCCCCCCCCUCUCCCUGUCCCCCCCCUCUCACCCCCCCCCCCACACCCUCUCCUUUCCUCCCUCCCCCCUCUCCCUGUCCCGCCACUCUCACCCCCCCACACCCUCUCCUUUCCUCCCUCCCCCCUCUCCCUGUCCCGCCACUCUCACCCCCCCACACUCUCUCCUUUCCUCCCUCCCCCCCUCUCCCCUGUCCCGCCACUCUCACCCCCCCACACCCUCUCCUUUCCUCCCUCCCCCCUCUCCCUGUCCCGCCACUCUCACCCCCCCACACCCUCUCCAGGAUGUAGUAGGGAAGGUGUUGGACCGCUGGGCCAUCAUGACGUUCGAGGAGGAGAUCGCUACGCUGCAGCAGUUCCUCCGCUUCGGCGAGACCAAGUCCAUUGUGGAGCUGAUGGCGCUGCAGGACAAGGAGGGUCAGGCCGUGCUGGUCCCCAGCACCCGCACCAACUCAGACAUCCGCACCUUCAUCGAGCGCAGCACCCCGCGCACUGCCACCACCAACAACGUCCUGACCCCUAAGGUGGAGAAGCUGAGCUCUUCCAACGCUCACCACUUUGAGAACUUUAUUAAUAGUAUGGCGUUUAUGCUACCAUUUCAAUUGUUGGGCUCUGUGCCCGCGCCGCUCCUGGGGUCACCACCGGGGGCACUGCAGCAGCAGCAAGGCGGGCAGAUGGAGCAGAGACGGGGGGACGAGAACCCAAACGCCCUCCCCGGGCCGCCACCCACCGAGAGCAGCCUGGUGGGCUCUAGCUCCGCCUCCUUCACCUCUGACCUGGACAGGGGUGUAGACAACCCUCUGGACGGCCUCUCGGCCAUUCCCAAGAUGGAGGCUGAGGACUUCCCCACCAGCGACAACUACUCGGACGGCCGCUCCACACCCUGCACCCCCUCCAUGAUGAACUCUGACCUUACCCAGAUGUCCCCCGAUAGCAAGCUCCAACGCUCCAUGGACCGGAACGGGGGAGGUGGAGGUGGGGGAGGAAGUCUCAAGAAGGGGCGUGUGUACUGCAGUGCGUGCGACAAGACCUUCUACGACAAGGGCACGCUGAAGAUCCACUACAACGCUGUGCACCUGAAGAUCAAGCACAAGUGCACCAUCGACGGCUGCAACAUGGUGUUCAGCUCGCUGCGCAGCCGCAACCGCCACAGCGCCAACCCUAACCCUCGCCUGCACAUGCCCAUGAACCGUAAUAACCGUGACAAGGACCUGCGAGACGGCGGGAGCCUUUCGGCCGACGAGGACUCCGAAGCAAGCGACAAACCGCGGUCUGAGUACCCCCACUCAUCCAUCCCGGUGUCCCUGACCUCAUCCCCCGACAGCCAAAAGUCGGUUGCCAGCUACAUGGUGAGUCAUGUGGACUCCACCACCAGCAGCACUAAGCUCCACCACAGCAGCUCCUUCCCCAGCAUGGGGCACCUGGGCCACGGCAUCCUCUUCCCCAACCUGAAGACGGUGCAGCCUGUGCUGCCUUUCUACCGGAGCCUGGUGACCCCCGCCGAGCUGGCCAACACCCCCGGCCAACACCUCCCCUCCCUCCCCCUCCUAUCCUCCUCGGUCCCCCUCAAACCCACCUCCAUCACUGCCCCAGACCCCUGCAGUGCCAUCAUCGACCCUGUGCCCAAGAAGAAGUCGCGGAAGUCGAGCAUGCCCAUCAAGAUCGAGAAGGAGGCAGUAGAGAGGGAGGGAGGGACAGGGGAGGAGAGUGGUUCAGAGGACCAGAGCCCUAUACAGGCCAUGGACAGGGAGGAGGGUGAGAGAGGGGUAGGAGGAGGGGGGUAUUUGUUUGUGAGACAGAUGGGGGGAGAGAGGGAGAGGGAAAUAGAGGAGAGAGGAGAAAGGGAGGGGGUGAAGCGGCCAAGGUCCCACAGCCCGGAGAGAGAGAUGUGUGGAGGCAGGGAACAAGAGGUCAACGAAGAGGAAAAAGAAGAGGGGUCCCGGCAGGCAGAGACAGGGAGGAUCACCUGCUCCUCAUCCUCCUAUGAUGGCAAACUCAACCACCGAGAGAACCACAGCCUCUCUCUGAGCAGAGACCACACAGAGACAGAGGGAGAGGAGGGCGACCAACCAACCUCCCGGCACCCAGACAAGCUGUGCGACUCAGAGUGCGACGACACUGACCACCGACUGACCAACGGCGGUUUGUUCAGACUAGGCGACAGAGGGAAGGACGGACCAGAGGGCUGUGUGGCAGACUACACCGACUCUAGCCUCCUGCAGUCUCGUAUGGACUCCGAGGAGGGGGCACUGGACAGGGAUGACCUUCCACACCACUGUGAGAUCUGCAACAAGACGUUCAGCAACCAGUACAGUGUGAAGAUGCACUACCGCAACGUGCACCUGAAGGAGAUGCACAUGUGCACGGUGGCUGGCUGCAACGCCGCCUUCCCCUCCCGCAGGAGCAGAGACAGGUGAGAGAGAACAAACACACGUCUGUCGGUUAGUAGUCUGUCUUUUAGUUUUAUAGUCUGUCAGUGAUUUAUGAAAAUGAUUUGUCAUUCUCUAGCACAAUAUACCAUAUUUAAGCGUAUUAUGUCAGAGGUUCUGUUGAAGUGAUAUGGUUAGUAUGUCUUUUCAAAUGAUCUAAUAAAACCACACCAAACUGGCAGCAACCACAAAUACGUCAGUUACAGACUUAUUUAACAGAGAUGAAUGGUCAAUUAAAGAUAGAAAAAAACGUAUCUUUGAAAAAACACCAACCAAGAAACAACCUUUCCUACAUGUUAUGUCUUCUAGGCACAGCUCCAACCUCAACCUCCACCACAAGCUGUUGACCAAAGACCUGUACAGCCCAUCACCUAGAUCCCUCUACUCCCCAGCCUCCCUCUGCAGGGACAGAGACCCUGUCAGCCUGGACUACCGCCAGGACCUGAGAGAUCUCCAGAGGGAGAGAGAUCUCCAGAGAGACCCAGGUAGCCAGACGUCUGUCAUCUUCAGAGGACACAACCGCAUGGGCCUGGUCUUCCCCAUGAGCAAGAUGGCCGACGAGGUGGCAGGGGAGGAUGCAGGAGAGGAGCUGGGAGGAGGAGGAGGGGUGGAGGAGGGGGCGGUACUGGACCUAAGUACGUCAUCAUCUGUACCUCCUCGUGGGGGCGGCAGCGCCCGUUCCUCCUGGGAUUCAGAUGGGGCGGGCAGUGAGGAAGGGGAGGGGCUAGAGGAGGAGCCUCUGCCAAUGGAGGAGGACAGCGAUGGGGAGAGCUGCGACGGGAUUGGUCUAGGAGGCCCCGGUGGGGAAGGGUUAGUUUUGGGCGGGGAGAGGACCCUGGACUGUGUGGGGGGAGGACAGGGGGGGGCACAGGGGGGUGGAGGUGGCUCACCCAUUACCUGCCACGUGUGCCAGAAGGUCUACAGCAACAAGGGGACGUUCAGAGCCCACUAUAAGACUGUCCACCUGCGCCUACUGCACAAGUGUAAAGUCCCAGGCUGCGACACCACAUUCUCGUCAGUACGGAGCCGCAACAGACACAGCCAGAACCCCAACCUGCACCGCAACCUGACUGUCAGUGGCGGCGGCACCGCUCUUGACCAGGAGUAG